AUGGCUGAAAAUUAUGGAGAUAAACAAGAGACAUUAUUGUUUUCUAGCUCCGCGACCGAAGAAAAUAAAGGGAAUGGAUGGUUUAUUGAUUCUGGUUGUAGCAAUCAUAUGUCUGGAAAUAAGGAAUUAUUUGUUGAUCUGGAUGAAUCAUUUAAAGCUACAAAAGAAGACUUGGCAAUAAUGCAAAGGUGCCUGCUGUUGGAAGGGGAAAAAUUCCAAUUACUUCGAAAAAUGGAUCUUCUCAUUUUAUAUCUGAGUGAUGAUAAAAUAGGACUAAUUGCAAGAAUAAAGAUGAAUAAUAGUCGUUUAUGGCCUCUUUAUCUCAAUUGUGGUGAUUUACCUUGCUUUAGUUCUGUGAAUUGUGAUGCUUGGUUGUGGCAUCUACGCUUUGGGCAUCUGAAUUUUGGGAGUUUGAAUUUUCUUGCAAGAAAGAAUUUGGUUGAUGGUUUGCCUUCUAUUGAUUUUCCUGACAGAAGGUGUGAGUCUUGUAUUUUGGGAAAGAAGUAUAGAGAACCUUUUCAAAAAGGCAAAGCUUGGAGGGCUAAUGCACCAUUGGAGAGCUUCAAGGCUUAUGUAGAGAAGCAAAGUGGAUAUUUUAUUAAGACAUUGAGAAGUGAUAGGGGAACUGAGUUUCUUGUGUGUGAUAAUUAUUUGAAGAAGUAUGGUAUUAAGCAUCAAUUGAUAGCUAGAUAUAAUCCUCAACAAAAUGGUGUGGCUAAAAGGAAAAAUAGAACAGUGAUGGAUAUGGUGUCCUACUCGAUCUAA